AUGUUGAAAAAAGAAACCUCGAACAACCAAACGCCGAAGAAAAAAGUGACCGUCAAGACAUACCUAGAAGGUGAUGUCCGCCAUAACCGUGCCCAGAUUUACGGUUGCUGCUGCGGCAAACACCUCCCCGAAUCUAACACCCAACAGCAAGUAUCUCAAGCGAAGCCUCAGAAGCGAGUUCCUCAACCACCCAUACCCCCGAAGGCUUCAUACCAGCGCGGACGGCACCCGUUUCACAAAAAGCCCGCACUGGCACAGAUGCCGGAUUUGCCGCGGUAUGCACAGCCCGUGAAGCUGAUACGGAAACAAGAGCAGGAUCAGGCCCAGAACCAACAAGCUCAGAAACAAGAUAAGAAACAGGCUGCCAAGUUGAAGUCUCAGGAAAAGCCUCAGAAGCCACAGCUACCCAAGAUGCGACCCAGAAUCAACUCCACGCAAGAGCUGCCUCCUAACUGGACCUGGUACCCUUACGCUUCACACCAGGUUCAGCGGGACGAGGACCAGAGUAAGCCUCCGUUGGAAAAGGAUCGGCUUGCGCACAAGAAGGACUCUCUGGAUUUGCCUCAAGAACCAGGACCUGCAUAUCGUGGACGGCGGCCUUUCGACAGUGAUGUUCAGAUGCCGACAUCUCGGAUCCAACCUCCUCAGGAGCGACCGCAGCAACAGAUUUGGGAGUCUAAUUACUUGGUAUUGACUCCUAUGAGUUCAAGGGCGUCUUCUGGGGUGGAUGAGAACUCGAAUUAUGAGUGGCAUAGUGUUAUUGGUACACCUAACUGA